UCCGUUCCCUUAGUUUUUCAGGAUUGUUUGGGCAUCAGGAAGAAUUUAUUCACAGAAAGGGUGAUUAGACAUCGGAAUGGGCUGCCCAGGGAGGUGGCGAGUCACCAUCCCUGGAGGCGUUUAAGGAAAGACUGGACGUGGCGUUUAGUUUUAGGUGACACGGUGGUGUUGGGUCCUAGGUUGGACUCGAUGAUCCUUUCCGACAGAUUUGAUUCUGUGAUCUUGGUUCUGCUUCUGAGGUCUGUUUCUCCUCUAUGGGAAGGAUUCCGUGGGUUAGUCGUUUAGGGUUAUUUCCUUGCGUACCUGACGGUGUUGAAGUGGCUUUAUUUGUGGUGUUCUUCUGUAGUGCUUUACUUUGUUACACGGAUUUCUGAAGUGUGCUGUAGUGUGGAAGAAUUAAAGACUCCUGCCUGCAUAAUGCAGCUGUCACGACCCUCAGAACUAGGGGCAAAAGAUUGUGUGAGACUAUUACGUACGUACACUUGAAGCAAGCACAGAACCUGUAUCUUCAUUCUGUGUCAAGCAGGAGUGCAGCUUGCACCCACUUCCCAAUUUUAUGGUUUAUGAAAGGCUGUCAUGAGAGGCAGGCAUCCUGGCAAGAGUGCCUUGGUUAAGUUGAUACUGAAGGCUGGCAGGUGCGGGAGGGUAGGCUUGCUGUUACAUUAGAUCUGCUUACAAUCUUUGGGAAGCUAGACUUCUUUAAAAAAUGGGAGUAUCCUGAGGAAACUGUAGUCACAGGUCACUUGUAAAAAAUAGUUAGCACCUGUAAAAAAUGUUAUGAGAUGUUGGCAGAUCGGUCUAAAAUAAUUACUGUCAGAUCACAAACAGGACCAGUUAGUUACAAAAGACUGGAACACGUGCCACUUUCUAAAACUUUUCCAGAUGCUGCCUUAGGAUUGAGUACAGUCAUAACACAGAAAUAAACAAGAUAUAAUUGAAUAUAUCUUCAGAACAAAAUGUACAGUGGAACAGGCUCUGGUUUCCAUCAUCUGAGGUUUCCUGUGCAUGGGAGAAAAUGAAACCAGACACGUGCUAAUCGUUUUUUUGUGAAAGCAGUGGAUGCUGACGUGUACGAGGAGUUGGACAGCUCUUGGGAAGGUGGAGUAACAGAGGAAUGGCCAUUCAGCUGAUAUUUACCUGUCUGUGGCCAGCUUUCUCCAUGUUCCUCUUUUCCAUGAGUUCUCCCAGUCCUUGUUUGCAGGGAGGUCUGUGAAGCACCGUAAGGGAAAAUCAAUCAAGAUGAGGCAGAAUUAGAUACUGACUAGGGGAAACAUAAGAACAGUGCAAGCAUGGAGUGAUGCUUCCGUGGUGUACUCUUGCUGUUGGUGAUCGUUUUGGGGUCAGAGUCAUGCUGAACAGAGGGCAGUGGUUUGGUUUUAAUAAUCCUGCUAGUCUUUCUGUGGAUUUUUCCAGUUGCCUCUUGAAUUCAUAUGACUUUGUAGCAUUGACAACAGCUUGUGACAAGGUUGGUGAUGUUUUGUGAAGAAGUGUGGUACCUGUGAGCCAAACACCUGCUGGUUGGACUUGGCAUUCUUCAGUUCUGUUAUGGAAUGAGACCGUGAACCUGAUCCCUCUUCGUUUCCCUGCACCUAUAGCUCAACAUGAACUUUAACCAUCGAGAUAAUUUUAAAAGUGAACAGAACAAUAUUUUUUCUUCUGAGAGCUGGCUACAGGAUUCAGAGUUUCUCCUGCAGUGCAGUCGUAUUCACUACCUUUUCCUGAAACAGGACAUGGAGCUUUGUUUCUUUCUUCACUUUAGGUGCUAACAAAGUUAUUUGUUUCAUCAGAGGAAAUGCAGAUCCAUGAAAUUACAUUUUGUACAGGUUGUCGUUAACUCUGUUGGCAAUGUCUAUGAUCUUGUCUGCCUCUGUGGUCCGUGUGAGGGAUGGGCUCCCACUGUCUGCAUCCACUGAUUAUGAGCAGAGCACGGGAAUGCAAGAAUGUAGAAAGUAUUUUAAAAUGCUCGCAAAGAAACUUUCUCAGCUGCCUGAUAGGUGUACCCUGAAAACUGGACAGUAUAAUAUAAACUUUAUAAGUUCCCUGGGAGUAAGCUACAUGAUGUUGUGCACUGAAAAUUAUCCCAGUGUCCUGGCUUUCUGCUUCCUGGAUGAGCUUCAGAAAGAGUUCAUCACUACCUACAAUAUGAUGAAGACAAAUACUGCAAUCAGACCAUACUGUUUUAUAGAGUUUGAUAAUUUCAUUCAGAGGACCAAACAGAGAUACAAUAACACACGUUCUUUAUCAACAAAGAUGAAUCUUGCUGAUAUGCAGACAGAGAUCAAACUGAGACCACCCUACCAAAUUUCUGUGUCAGAACUUGGCUCAGCGAAUGGCUUUGCACAUGUGUCUGUGGGGGAGUAUAAGGGCACUGGUAAGAUAUCUGCAGCUCCUCAUCAGCGUCUGGAACCUGUGACUCUGCCAGGGAUUGUCUCAUUUGUGCUUAGUCUGUUGUGUGGAGCUUUGAAUUUAAUUCGUGGCUUUCAUGCCAUAGAAAGCCUUCUCCAGAAUGAAGGUGAAGAUUUCAGCUAUGUUAUUGCAUUUUUUCUUGGAACGGCAGCCUGUUUGUACCAGUGUUACCUGUUUGUGUACUACACGGGCUGGAGGAAUGCCAAAUCCUUCCUGACCUUUGGGCUGAUUUGCCUGUGUAACAUGUAUCUGUACGAACUGCGCAACCUGUGGCAGCUCUUCUUUCACGUGACUGUGGGAGCGUUUUCCACCUUACAAAUCCGACUGCGGCAACCACAGGGAAAGUCCCCUGAUUACAAUGUCUGACAAGUCCUGGAACAUUUAGAGGAAGUCUUGUUCCAGUGGUUUUUCACUCUCAGGAAUGUAAAGCUGUUCUCCAAAAGAAGAAGCUGUCUGGAUGGUUUUGUUUUUUUUUUUUUUUUUUUUUUUAAUAAAUCAGUGUAAAAUGCCUGUGGACAUUUUUCACUUGACAGUUGAACUUUUUUUUAAUUAUUUUUUUAUUUUCUUGAAAAGAGCACAAAAGAGUAUGGGACUAGAGGAGCAAAGUGGAGCAUAUUGUGGAGUGAAAUGUAUGUAGGGACACCAAAUUUUGGGGAAUUUGACUGGUGGCAUUAAAAAACUUCAUUCAAAAGUAUGUUAAUGGAAGAAUGCAUAGAAUGUGUGUUCUGCAUAUCAUGCAAGCUUUUCACUUCCAAAAUCAGUUUUGCCUUUGUGAGGCAGUAGGGAAUAGGCUAAAUAAGUAAUAAUAAUGCUAUUGCAUAUUAGCAAACUAGAUGUGGAAUAUGUAAGGUACCAGAUUUUGGAAUGUUUUGUUUCAUGUUGACAAAUAUAUGAAUGUUUUCUUAAUUAAAAUGUAACCUGGAAUCCA